AUGACAGGUAGUGAUAAUCCAUCCUCAAACCGCCCAACUGCCCGUCGCAAAGACCCAGCAUGCGGAACAUGUCGCAAGAAGUGUCGAAAGUGCGAUCGGAAACGUCCUAUAUGUGAUAGAUGUCGCACCAAAGGUCUUCAUUGUGAAGGAUAUCCUCCGCGGUUUCAAUUCCAAGAGACAUUGACGAUUGCUCCCAAUCAGUCAAGCUCGCAACAUGCGACCUCAGAUAGCAUUGAUACGUCGCCUUCACAGCCAGUGAUCUUAAGCCAGUCUCCAGAGUCGUCAAUGCCAUCUGAGCUCGUCGCUACAAGACUGUCGGCUUCGCUUUCGCCGGAAUACCCUGUCUUUGAGACGUCAGCGUUGACCUUGACAUCGCCACAAACAUCAGCGACCCUAUCACUAUCGCCAGACGCUGUGUCAUUUAGUAUCUCGCCUUCCGCACAACAUGACCUAGAGAACGACUUUGCGACGAAUCAACAUAUCAUUGACUACUUCGACCAAACGCUAAGCGAGCAUUUCAUCAUCCAUGUACCGGGAUUGGAUAACCCAUUCCGAGAGUAUGUCUUGCCCCUUGCUUACCAGCAUCAAGGCAUUCUGCAUGCGCUACUCGGGUUAUCGGCAUGUCAUAUGUAUAAUACUGGACACGCGAACAAUCAGAGACUCGUCACGUUAUCUCUUGGGUAUAGACUAUCAGCAAUACGAUCUCUUGCUUCUCUGCUGCAAAAGGAAGAUAUCUCACGAUUGACGCCCACCGAAGAGGAGCAUGUUCUGGCUAUGGUAUUGAUUCUCGUUCUACAUGACGUCUGUGAAUCGGGCGUCUCAACACAUGGAGCUCACUUGACAGGUGUAUCGUUCCUCUGCAAACGAAUCGCUUGCCUCGAUACCUCACCCAAGCGUUCGGGAACAUCCAUGUUUCUUGUCUCAGCUUUGUCGUGGUUGGAUAUGUUGCGAGGGUUUAGCGGUGCCGAAAAGCUGUCCUACUCCACUGAAGUACGAGAAUGCGUCAAAGAUCACGGAAGUUUGAGCCUUCACACGUUAGUUGGCUGUCCACCAGUCAUAUUCUUCAAGAUUGGCCAGGUACUUGAGGCAGGCAAAGCUUACCUAGCUGGAGACCUGCCGGUCGAACAGUUUGAGCAAUUACUCGGUGGAGCUGAGAAGUUCUUCCGCGGCUGGGAUCCCGAUCAAGCCGUGUAUCCCACCAACCACCAGGAAUGGCGACACCUUGCCGAGGCAUACAAGCAUGCAUGCUUGCUCCGCGUGAUGAGAUUUCCCGACGCCUUCGCAAUCUCAUGCGACGACCCUCAGAUAAAAGCUUCUGUCUCUGCUGUUCUUGAUGUCUGUGCUACGAUACCGAGAGACAGCGUAUUUUACAAGCGCCUCUUAUUUCCUCUAUUUCUGGCUGGAGCCGACACAUGCUCGCCGCAUCAGAUACACUACGCAAGCUGGUGCAUCAACGAGAUCAAGCACUCUACGGGCUUCCAGCACCCCGCCAUGACCGGGUUAUUGACGAAGGUCUGGGACGAGAGAAGGACGAAUCCUCGGGGCUGGUCAAACGUUCCCUGGAUGGAAUUCGUAAGUUCGCCGCUUUCUUUCUUUUAG